AUGCAAAUACUUGCAAAAGCUGCAGGCGGGGAAGUUGUCGAGCACUACGAUUUUCUCGAGGCAUUUUUUGCCGAAGGUGCCGAUGGUUCGGGCCUAGUGAUGAUGUUCCAGCGUGAACUCUCUACAGAAGAGCCGUGGAAUGGUGAUCCUUCAACAGACGAUUAUUUCUCCAACAGCUAUUGCGUCACCAUCCGAUCUGGCGGGACAGUAUAUGGAGGACUAGAGCAGGUCUCAUUUUCGGAUUCCCAAGGAUGCUUUUAUUUCUCCGAUCGUGCGGCUGCUGUUCUCGGUAGAGGACGACAACUCGUCGUUGAUUUCGAGGUGCCCAAGCAAGACCUACAGCUCUUUCAACGAUUUCUCAAGGAAGUAGUGACAUGGGGAGUCCCUAGUCAGAUCCCUCAACUAAACGGUUUAGCCAUCAAAAGCUCCAUCAUGGAAGGUCCCAACACUCAGCCAAACGAGCCAGAAGGAAUCGGGGCCCUCGAUGACAGGGGCGAUCACCUCAAAUUCAUCUCCCAAGAGCAACUGGAUCGCGAAGGUGGUAACCCUCCUGACGACGCAGCCAGUUCCAGCGAACCAUCCCUCGAGGACAUUGCCGAAUAUCUUUCCAACUUGUCUCCUUUCCAGCGGAAGAUAUGCGAUGGCCUACGUGGUCUGGGCUGGAUUGACCCCGACAUUUACAACUUUUUGUCCCAGCUUGAGAACAUGCGAAAGCACAUACGAGCUGAGUUGAGAAUGAAGGGGCGGAGUGCGGCCGAAAUUCAAAAGCUCGACGAUCUCUGUAAGACAGAUGUGACGGAUUUCUCGCACCUCCGACGGUCCGGUGCCAACCGGGCCCUUGAGGAAUAUCAGACUGAGGUAUACCUGCUAUAUGAGAACAAGAGACAAAGAAGGGCGAUGUUAAACGAAGAAUAG